UUCAGAUCUCGAUCCCCUCUACCUCCGGCCGCUGCGACACCCUCAACGACCGAUGCUCUGAGUGAUGCUAUCAAGUCGUUCCACGACUGUCUGGAACCCGAGCAGAAGGUGGAGUUAGAGAAGAUCAAAGCUGUGCCUGAUGCUCAUGCAGUCGCGCAAUUUACCCAUCAGCUCGACCAGGAGAAUGCCAAANGGAAGAGUCGCUGCGUAGCCGCUCGUAUCUCACCGCUCUUGGAGUCUGUCCAACAAUUUGCUGGUAUCGUCGAGACCUUCGUUUCUUCGAAUCCGCACAUCGCUGCUCUUAUCUGGGGCAGUGUCAAACUCGUGUUGCAAAUUGCGUCAAACUUCACAACGUAUUUCGACAAGCUUUCGGCUCUGCUUAUGAUGAUUGGGAAGCGCUGUCCAAGAUUUCAAGAGUAUCAGAAGCUCUAUAGAGAUUCAACCGAUCUCCAGAAGGCGCUUUGCGACUUCUACUCCGUGGUUGUACGCUGUUGUGAGCAAGCAGUUACAGUGCUUCGCCGAGCAGGAUAUAUACAGCUGCUCAAAGCCGUGACCAGUUCAUUCAGCUCGGACUUUGCCUCCAUAAUAGUGCAGAUUGACCAAGCGAAUGAAGAGGUAGAUGAGGCCAUCCGCCUGGCCGAGACUAAGCUUGAUGCAGCUGAAAGACAAGGUCAGCGUGCAGAGCGAGAGGCGGCGGAGAAACAUAGAUUCAGCUCAAUGGUCUACCGCAAGGAACGUGAGAAAUUUGAGGCCGACCAGGCGGCGCAGAAGCAACUCGAAAAACGAAAGAUUCAACAGGCAAGCAAGCUCGAACAAUUCUCUGGCUACAAUCACAAGGUUGCCUACUGGAAAGCUCGUACGCAACGCCACGGCUCCACUGGUCAAUGGCUGACCCAGACCAAUGACUACAAACUAUGGAUUACUGGAAGUGACCCCAGCGUGUUCUGGUUUACCGGCAUUCUAGGCUCUGGGAAGACUGUUAUGACUGCAUUCAUUGUCGAACAGCUAUCUGCGAAGCCCAACCAGGGUUCCGAGAAAGUCGUCUAUUUCUUCUGUCAAUAUGAUAACGAAACUUCCUUGAAGGCCACGAGUAUCCUACGAUCGAUCAUAAGACAAUUGUUGGACCAGGACGACCGUAUCUUUAGCGAGCACCAAUCUAAGAUUGAUGCUCUAUUGGACAACCUGCACGACCUGAGUUUGCUGGAGGCUCUGUUUUUCGACGUUGUUAACUGCUUGAAGAGUGUUGUUGUGAUUAUAGAUGGCGUCGACGAAUGUUCGAACUUAGAGAGGAAGGCGCUUCUCAAGACCUUUCGCAGUGUAAUGCAUAGAAAACCGCCCGGCCUGAAGCUCUACCUCGCAGGAGACGACCGCAUCACUGAUGUCAUAAUGUCGUUCCUUGCACCGAGCUUCGUAGUCAGCACUCGCACACCAGAAGCAGGCUCGGAUUUACGAGAGCUUGUCCACCAGUUAGUGACUGCGUUGAGGGACGAUGGGGAUCUUGUAACACGCGAUCCUAGCUUAUAUCACACGAUCGUUGAUAUCCUGUGUACCACUUCCCAGGGCAUCAUACGGAAAGCCCUCAAUCACCUUCCCAGAGACCUUAUUGAGACAUACAAUCGAUUGUUGUCUAGGGUCGUGGAGGAAGGCAACGAGCAAGUCUGUAGAAAGAUCUUUCGUUUUAUGGCCGCCGCAAAGAGACCUCUUUCGCCAGAAGAGCUUGAUGAGGCUACCUCCGUAGAGCCUUGUCAGCCUUACUUCAUGCCGGAACGCUUGCUCAACGAUAUUAAUGGUAUUGUCCGGUGGUGUCACGGUCUGAUCGCGUUCGAUGAGUUGGACGAAGCGUUACAGUUCGCACAUUCGAGUGUUAAGAGUUUUCUCUGUGGCCCCGACACCGAACGAAUCACACUUCCAGGCUUCCACUUCGAAGAGCAUGAAGCUGAACGAGAAUUUGGUGAGGUCUGUGUUACCUACCUAAACUUCAAUGAUUUCAACACACAACUUGUUAAAGCUGCCAAGCCGGGUAUUCAUCUUGAUCCAGUGAUGAUGGUUCGUCAUGCCCUGACAGCCAAACAUCCGAAUCGUCUCUUGGAUAAAGCCAGUGGUUUAGUGAGGAGAAGGGCGAAGUCGACUUUGGCGAGCACCAGACUGCUGUCUCUACGGGACGACAAUGGCAGCCACAUUGUGACAAUUAAAUAUCGACUGCUUCAAUAUGCCUUAUCUUUCUGGCUUUCUCACACAUCUGGAUUUUCGCCUCAUCAGGGUCGACUAUGGAAUCUCUUCUUGAUUUNNUUGGUUGAAGGGCGCAAUGGUCUGACCUCGGAGCCUAGCGUUUCAACCUUGUUGUCAUCAGAGCAUCCUCUAAGAACAAUAAUAUACGAAUUCAUGAUCUCUCGUCAGCAUCAGGCAUUGUAUCGUGUGUUUUUGAGGGAGAAUCGCCCUGACAAGGAUUUUGUAUUCGAAGCCCUGCCGCCCAUACUGGAAAGGAAGUGCUUCUCAUUUGUGACUCUCCUUCUAGAGACGCUUGAAAGACAACCUAGCUCAUGGUUCGAAGCAGUAUUAUCUAUCCCCGACAACAAGAUGGUCUCGACCCUACAAGGUGCGGGAUCGAAAUGGACACGAGAUUUAACAACGACAGAACGCUCGAGGAUCGUGGAGAAAGUGCUCCGAUCUGCCCCCCUUGACUCACGACCGCGA